AAUAACAAAAGCAACCAUAUAUAAGUGAGAAAAAUCGCCGGAUACUGAAGAUAAUUCUUAGGAAAAACAUCCAGAAAAAAUUCUUGUGUGACCAUUUGAUAAAGGGUAAAUGUACAUCAUUUGAUAUGUUUGGUAUUACCAAAUGGCUCCUAUUCGUACUACUUUUAAUUCUGAAUAAAAGGGGGAUCGCAAAACAAACUCAAGAUGAUGUUAAGAUCCAGGAAGAUUUUGAUUUUAAUAUCACUCACAUAAUUAUUCAGAGCAUCCUUCUUUGUGGACCAGACAUCGUUUGCGAUAAGUCGAUCCUCUCUUCUCUUGGGAUUCGAAUUGAUUCAGAUGUGGUUCUUCCGAACAGGUGCCCGUAUUGUACUUGCCAAGAAUAUGACUGCUAUUCCAUAUUGUCUAACUAUCCCUGCUGUCCCGAUUUAUUCUUUCAAAAAGGUCUAGUAGAAUGCACUGAUACUUACGUUGUUCCAUUCAGAUUUUCUUACCCAGAUCUCGUGGUAUCCCGCUGUCCGGUUGGUACAGAGGCCAUUUUAUCCGGUAACUGCACAAAGGAACAUGAAGAUGAAGACCGACUAACACAACCACCGGUUGCUUCAUCAACAAGCUGGAUAUCCUACAAAAACAAAUAUUGCGCUUUGUGUCAUAACGAGACGAAUUACCUGGAAUGGGUAUUAACUUUCAAAUGCCUAGUUCCAACGGAUUUUAACCAUCUUUCCUCUUCUGAAGAUCUUCUUUCUUUUGCCAAAUCAGAAUCCUGUGGCAUUCAUUUUGAGCAUCCAAACAUAGGGCCAUAUAUGAAACUCUGUUCUACUCGCUACAAUAAAAGAAUUGCUACAUGCAAUGUAUCGGGUUCGUGGCUGCAUUAUGACGACCAGAUACAAAGUGCAUGUCAAAGUGGGUAUGAAGGACAUUAUGGCAUGUUUAAAAAUAUUUUCUGCAAAAUUUGCAACCCCCCUAAAUUUGAAGAGAAAGUUUUGAUUACGUCUUGUGCACAUUCAAGCAUCUUUGAGGAUACUUGCUUAAAUUUGCCUUUGUUACAGGCUUCAUUCCCCUAUAAAAAUUAUUUUUGCUUCGUUUGCAACCACGGCGAUAAUAACGAAGAAUACUACAAUGAUGUAAUGUUUAGAAGAGCUAAUGAGACAUACUGGGGAAACGAAUUUCAAUUUAACAUUGACAUUGCGUAUAUUGCAGACCACGUUAAAGUGUAUUUGCAGGAAAAUGUUGAGAAAAUAGAGUCACAUGAAAAGGUACCUGUACAUCCGGGUUAUUACCCAACUAUACACUGUCCCUACAAAGAAACUGUUCUUGUUCUGUGGGCUGCACUUUAA